GAGUGUUAUGCAGGCAUAUCUGCAGGGUAAGAUUAAGGUGGCUGCCUCUCCCUUUUUUUAACGUCUUAUAAAGUCCUCUAACUUCUUAUUGGUCCAGCCAGCCAGGGAAGUUUGAAGGACGGGGUAGGGUGGGAAAGGAAGCGCAUGCAGAAAAGGCAAGUGAAAGAUAAAAGGGGAGGUGCAGUUUCCCAAACAGGCAGCUCUCUCCCCUCUUCCUGCUCGACCUCCUGCCGGUCAGGUCCUGUCCCCCGACUCAGCCCGACCGACCGACCCUGCCAUGGACACCGAGCCCGACCACAGACUCAGCCCCGAGCCAGAGGAGAAGCCCUGCUGCGCUCUCUCCAGGAAAGCCAAGAUCAGGCUGGGUAUCCUUCUGAGCGUCCUGGUUGCAUUGGCGAUUGUCGCGGUGGUGGUGGUGUUUGGAGUCCUGAAGUUGGGCCAGGCGCCCUCGUACAGGCAGUGGAAUGGGACGGGCACCACCCCCCAUUUUCUCGAGAUCGUUCUGGGACGAUGCUACACCUACACUCAAAUCAAGCGGCCGGAGCUGCGCCAUGCAGACUGCCAAGAGAUAGUGAAGGCGUUCCAGAAUGCGUUUCUUUCCAAGGACCCCUGUGGCUCCAGGGAAGAAGACUACCAGCCACUGAUGAAGCUGAUCAGUCAGGCCAUACCCUGCAACAAGACCGUCUUUUGGAGCAAGUCCGGUGAGCUGGCACAUCAGUACACACAGGUGCAGCAGGAGAUGUUCACGCUGGAGGACACGCUGCUGGGCUACCUGGCCGACGGCCUCAGGUGGUGCGGAGACACAGGCUCCUCUGAAAUGAACUACCAGUCCUGCCCCGACUGGAGGAAAGACUGCCGCAACAACACCAUGUCUGUGUUCUGGAACGCGGUGUCCAGGCGGUUUGCAGAAAAUGCCUGUGGUAUGGUCCAGGUGGUGCUCAAUGGGUCCAUCAGUAACACCUUUGAUAAAAACAGCACUUUUGGACGUGUGGAAAUCUAUAAUCUGCAUUCAGAGAAGGUUUCUACACUACAAGCCUGGGUGAUGCAUGACCUUGAAGAAGCUCACAGUCACACAUGCUCGAGUUCCCUCAUCGAGGAUCUGCAACUGAUUGUAGAAAAGAGGAAUAUUGCAUUUACCUGCCAGGACAACUACAGGCCGAUCAGGCUGCUCCAGUGUGUGAGAAAUCCUGAGCACCAGUUUUGCAGUUCUGUAAUGUGAGCCGUCGGCAUGGCGGUUUCGGGUCUUUGAGCCCUCGCGGAGUACGUGGCCGUGCGUGAUGCGGAAGACGCGCUGGUGGAAAGCUGGGGACCUGGGGGAUCCUCCGUCAUCAUGUCAACACGGGAGAUGGAAGCCUUUCCCCGCCGAAGUCUUAAAAUAACUUGUGUUAUUGCAAUAGUUUUCAUUUUUAUCUCUUAACAUUCAAGAAAAGAUGAAUUAUUAUAUGAAAUUAAAAUGAAGAUUUUAUAUUAUUUUAUUUUUAAAACAUUUGUAAGAGUUUGUUUGAACCCUGAUGACAUAUUGGGGAGCAAGAUCUCAAACACUCUCUUAAAUGAUCUGAUUGUAAUUUUCAGCUGAUGCUUUUAUGUUGUUUGUGUGUUGGCAACAUCCUUUCUAUUGAAGAAUGACCACAGCGGUCCUCUCUUAUGCCCAGGCUUUUCAGAAAAUGUUACAUUUCCAAAUGAAGGAUCUUGUCUCAGGAUAUAUUUUUGUCCCCUUUUUACAGAUAAACUACCAUGCUAUGCUUAUGGGUCGUGCUGGGGCAAAUAUUCUGUUGGCAGUAAGCUACUCAUAUGCUCGGUUCUUUAUCUCUAACCCUUCUAAUAGCCUUAUGAGGUUGAUAUUAUUAUCCCCCAUUUGUUAGAGGAAAAAGUGGAAGAGAGGUAAUACAAUUCACCUAAAGUCAUACAUGGGGUUCAAGGUAGAGGCCAACUUGAACUCUGCUUUGUCUGACUCCAAACUGCAUGUGUUUUCUCUUCCUAGGCCUAUAAUACUAAACUGGAAGUGCCCUAUGUUCUCUCUUAAUUAAAUGCAUGUCAGAUUAAAUUCAACACAAUAGAAUCUGGAAUGUAAUUUUUCUGGGUGGCUUCAAGAUGGUUACAUUUUUUUCUCCGCUUCCUUUUCCUCCUGCUCCUCAUGGUCAAUGUCUCACAUUUGUAAGUCGGCAGUUAAAAUAUCUGUUGUUCCUGAUCCUGGCAGUUCAGUUUGUUCCUUUUUCUUUUUUUCUUGGUCAGUCUUGAUCAGGAAUUAUCACUUUUAUUACCUCUCAAAGAUACAACUUUUAGCUUUGUAAAUUUGGUCUUUUAUUAUUGGUUUUUGUUCUUCUCUGUAUUAUUAAAGAUAAAGAAAUUUCUUAAAUAUCUUUGGAUUUUUAAAUUCAGCUUCAUGCAAUGGACGUUUAGGUCACUGGGUUUUUUCCAGCUCAUUUUCUUUUCUUAUACAUAUAUUCAGGACUAUAAAUUUUCUUCUGAGUACUGCUUUAGCUGCACUUCUUAAGUUUGGAUUUGUCUCUUUUCAUUAUCAUUUAGUUAAGAAAAAUUUUCCAAUUUAAUUCUUAUUUAGAAAUGUUUUGCUUAAUUUUCAAACAUCUGGAGUUUUCUUUUAGUUUCAUUUUAAAUAUAGAUUCAUUGAAGAAAAAAUUAUUAAACUAAUUGGAGGCUCCUUGAGGUAACCCACUAAGAUUGCUGAAAACAGCAUGCAUUUUGGAAUCAGGCAUUUCUAGGUUCAUAUUUUGGCAUCACUCUGUGAUCUUGAGUGAAAUACUUAACGUGUCUGAACUUCGGUAUGCUGGCCACUCCCAUAAAGAUUAUAUAAAUUUAUCCCCAUUAAAGUAUGGUAAGAACUAAAGAAGAGGACGAAAAUUGACAAGCCACUGUGCCUCCUAGGUAAGGGAGUACUCGACCAAGGUUGACUCCUUCCUGCCUGCCACUGGUUGGCAAUCUUGUUUCCUCCUGGAGCCUUGUAGAUGCAGCCACUGUGGUCAGCCUGCAAAUUCUUCAGUAGCCCCUUCUCCACUUAAACGCAUCCUCAUGGGAUGUAGUGUUGGCUGGACACGAGCCAAGGUGCCUGGGACCAGCUCUGAUCAAGGUUCAGACUUGCCCCAAAUUUCAAUGGACUUGCCUGCAGAGUGCCUUCAGCAACAGGUCCCUGCUGACCCACUGGGUGACCAGACUGUCUUCCUCUCUGGACAGUGCCUGCCUGAUUGUUGGGCUUGCCUGGUGAUUUCCGGACUCUCUAAAUGUAUGUUUCUUAUUCACCCAUAUCUACCAGGAAGUGGCUGCCUAUGUCAGAACGGUUUUGUUCUUUAUAUCUUCUGGCAAUGAUGAAAUAGGUAGGGGAGAAAUCAAUUCGCAAGAGGCUUUUUCCAAGAAGACUCAUUUGAGCGUUCAAGUCAAAGUUGGUGGAGACUAAGGGAGGCUGGUCCCAUGGUCUUCACAAUGGGCUGCGGAGGGCCCUGGAGCACUGGGUGGCUGAGGGGCGGGGAACUCUUUCCUCAGGGCACUACCUCUGUAUCUUUAUUAUUAGGACCUCCAUCUCUGCCUCCACUUUCUCUGUCAUUCCAACUUGUGUAUCUUUGCCAUUGAUCAUGCAGCCAUCUCUAGUCCUAUGGCCUUUCUGGCCUUUCUAGAUAAAUAGAUCCUCUAUGUCCCUCUUUCUAUAAGUGACGUCUUUACUGAGUUACCGAUUGUUCACAAACAUCAGCGUUUACUCAUAACCUAUUCCCGUCUCCACACUACACUCUUGUUUGCUCCAGAAAACCCCUGUAUUAUGCCAUUGCACACCCACUAUCGUACCUGACCUGGAGGCUGUGGGAAUAAUUCAGGACCUAAUUUUUCUUUUCUAACUCCUGAAGCCUCGCUAUUUUCCUUCUAUAACAGGUCUUGACCUUAUUUUUGAGGCAUGCUUUCCAGCACAGCUCUGAAAUUUUAGGCCGAAUACUUGAAAAGGUAUAUGCACACAUGUGUGUGUGCAUAUCAUGUACACACAAACUUUUAUGACACAAAAACCGCAUCUCUGAGUCCACAGUGAUUCUGCAUUCAGUGGGUCUUUCUUGUCACUUGCCCUGGGUCACUGUUGGUAUGGACCUGUUUAAUGCCAUAUCCGUGUCUCUUAUAUACCUGGCAGACAAAGCUGGAUAUGCAUCAAACAUUUUGGCAAAACAUGUUCUUUCUUUGGCUUGACAGUUUUCUGUGCCCUUUGCAUUUGUUGAAACACACUCAUCUCAUGUGUUCACAGCCCUGGACACAAGGGAUGCGGCAGGAGAGGCGUCCACUUACCUCCCGGCAUCCCGUUCUCCUAGAACAAUUCCUAAGGCUGUGACUUGAGUAUCUCAGGGAGAAUCCAUGCUGUUUCUGUGGGUUUGUAAGGGUAGAAGUUAUAUGCACUGGAUAAAUGUUAUGUCUGGAAGACUAAAAUUGUGUAAAGUAAAAUGUUAAAUGAAACCUAGAGUAUGAUAUAACUAUAAAAGGUAUUUUAUGAAUACAGUGUUAACAGAUAUUUUCCACGGUUUUUAAAUAACAAAACAAUUACUUAUAUGACUAAGAAUUAUCAUUCAAUGUAUAUAUGUUUUUAAUGGCCCAUCAAGGAAUCAGUUCUGUGUGUCUCCUUGAGAGGCAGAGGUUAGCUGGCCCUCGGUUUGCACUCAUGAAGCACAAGUUUUGAACUGGUCUCUAACAAAGAAUUUAUUCUUGAACUUGAUUCACAUCAUUGCACAUGGCCAUGCUCAUCUCCUGAUUGAAGUGCCAACAGCAAAAGGUAGUGAAUACCACAGAGUUAAGAGACAGGUGACCCAUUAGGCAAGUUCAUUAACACCUGUGAAUUUCCAGUUUGGAAUAUACUUGUAAUAGACAUAAAUGGGUUGUAUAAGCAAUAAAAUAAUAAUAAAAAGA